AUGGAUUUGAAUGAGGAAAACAUAAUACAAAUAUUGGGUGAGUUUUUGGUUUCGGAAGGAUUUCAAUAUUAUGGCAAGAUCUAACAAAUAUUCUCAUGUUUGUCAGAUGUGGAUUGUGAUCAUCUAUUUUUUGAUUUCAUUUUAGGAUUUCUAAAGAGCGAGCCCCCCUACAAGUCAUUACAAUUAAUACAUGCUUUCUUAACAGCCACUUAGUCUCCUCAAACAUACAUUUGUGAAUUGAUUGAGCAAUAACAUUAUGAAAUUUUAGCGCUUCAUUUGUAACUCAAUAAGUUCACUGAUAAUCAACUCAAGUAGAUUGUAUACGAUAAGUUAAAAGGACAGUCGAAUGAUUAUAAACAAAUAUUUUUGCUUCAACGAUUGUAUUUUCUUCUUGAUCCUAAUAAGAAAGAUAGCGCGGAAUAAAUUUUUACUAACAAUUUAAAAAUUAUCCAAUAGAUCUUUUCAACCAUUCAGGAAGAGACCUUGGUUUAGUAUCUCAAAGUUCAAUCUCUGCUGGUUCCUUAUUGCAAGGAGGUGCAGUAGUAAAAGCUAAUGAAAUUGUUGAUUUUAAUAAAGCAACAGAAUCAGCAGGUGGGAAUCCAAUUGCAAUGGGCCAUCUACGAGGUGUAUGAAUAGCUGGGAUGCACCGUGAAUCCACCGGAAUUGGAGAGCAUGGAGAACACGCAAACGAAGGUUUCCUUCCGAUUGUACUAUGUGAAAUAGAAGUUUAUGCAGAACAUCAAAUAGUUGUCUACGUUGAUAAGAGAGGUGGAGGAGGAGCAGAGAGACAACUUUAAACUUUAUACUUAAUGGCAAUUGCAGUUGUGA